AUGGCCACAGCGAGCGAUGAUAUCGAGAAGCUUUACGAACACGGGGAGAAACUAGCGAGCUCGAAGGACAAGUCGCAGAACGAAAAGGACUACCUCGGGGUCAUCGCGGCAGCGACGGGGAGCAGCAAGGCGAAGCUGUUCGCAGCGCAGCAGAUUCCUCGCUUCUUCAAAUUCUUUCCGCAGCUGUCCGCCGAAGGCAUUAACGCGCAGCUAGAUCUCUGCGAGGAUGACGACAUCAAUAUUCGACUACCUGCGAUUCGAGGGCUCCCGUUUCUCUGCAAGGACACACCGGAGCAUCUCCCGAAAAUUGCUGACGUGCUCGGCCAACUUCUCAUUGGAGAGGAGCCGGAGCAUGGAGUGGUGCAGAACUCGUUGAUGCAGGUGCUCCGGCAGGACCCCAAAGGGAGUCUGGCGGCCAUAUUCAAGCACAUAGAGAGCUCCGAGGACAAGCUGAGGGAGAACGUGCUGUCCUUCAUCCGAGCCAAGGUGUUUCCGAACAAGGCGAGCGUCCUGGUGCCUCAGGCGGAGAUGGAGCGACACGUGACUGACCUGAUCAAGGGCAUACAAGACGUGACGGGGGAGGAGUUCGCGAUGUUCAUGGCGUUCCUGCAGGGGCUGGCGCUGUUUGGCGCCAAGGCACCGCCAGAGCGCAUGCAGGAGCUGGUGGAGAUCGUGGAGGGGCAGGCCGACCUCCUCGCGUCCUUUGAUGCAUCAGACACGGAUCACAUAGAGCGGGUCAUGGCGUGCCUGCAGAUGGCGCUGCCCUUCUUCGCUAGGGGCGGGUCCAACAGCAAGUUCUUCAACUUCAUCGCCAAGCACAUCCUCCCCGCCUUCGAUAAGGUGGCGGAGGACAGGAGGGGCGAGCUGCUGAGGAGCAUGGCGGAGGCGUCGCCAUUCACAUCGCCAGCCGACUCCAGACACCUGCUGCCAGGGGUCACCGACCUGCUCAAGGACUACAUGGCAAAGAAGGGCGCAGAUGUGGACGUGACGGCGCUGGAGGCGCUGCUCUUCACGUUCAACCAGCUCGCGCACAAGACGCCCAACGCCACGAAUGCGCUGUGCGGGUACAAGAUCGUGACGGGGCAGCCGUCCGACCGCCUGGGGGAGGACUUCAAAGACCUGCACGCCGACUGGCUCGCCAGGGUGACGGGCAUGGAGGAGGACGUGAAGAAGCGCAUAAAAGCAGUGCUGCAGGAGGUGGCGGAGGUGAGCAAGCAGCAGCGCUCCGCCAAGGACGAGCCCACCAUCACCGACCUUAAGGAGAAGAAGGCAGCAGCGGCGCGCACGCUCAAGGCACUGCAAAACAUCGAGAAGCUUAGCAAGCCACUCAAGUCCUCCGUGCCGCAGUUCCUGGGUGGCAAGGCGGCACCGGCGCUCUCCUGGAAGCCCGAGGCUGCUGCCCCUGCAGGGCCCUCCGCUGCCAAGCCUGGCCCAGCACAAGCAGUCGGGGCGAAGCGAGGGGCAGGGCCAGCAAAUGGCAGGGGCGGGGCGGCAGCAGCGCCGCAGCCGAAGAAGGUGCGGCAGGACGGCGGUGCAGGUGGCGGCGGUGGUGGGAAGCUCAUUGGCCGGGCCGUGCAGGGCAUCCACGGAGGGGGUGGUCAAGGCGGUAGCGGUGGUGGGGGUGGAAGGUCCAGAAGGCCUUGGCAUAGGGGGGGAAGAAAGUAA